AUACUGCACUGUGCUACAUCAUCGGACGUACGUGAGCCGCUCCCAGUUUACCUAGUUACGGGCCGAAAUUCCAGAUGUCGACGACUUUUCCGAGCUGAUUUGUGAAGAAACGUAGUAUCUGUUUUAACAGGUGAUUUGAGAAGGCGCCCUCUAUCAUGUGGGAAAACGUGAACUUCCGUCGUCUCCUUGGAGGAGCAUCUAAAAAUGGCUACCAAGGCUCAGCGAAUUUCAACACGAGAGACGUUGAUGAAGUACCUGUAAUAUUCCAGGAACCAUUUGUCAAAUAUGGAUACAGAGAGCCCCAUCAUAGUCUAACCUACUACGCUAAGAGUUUCCUUGAGCUUCACAAUGAGAGUCUCAACGUAUGGACACAUGCUGCUGCCUUCUCAAUCCUAUUCUACCAAUCCUUCAAGUUCUGUGCUCCCCUGGAUAUCUAUGGUGAUCCCUACGCCCUGAUCUUUGUCAUCUUCUGUGGAUGUUGCUGCGUGCUUCCCCUGAUGAGCGCCCUCGCUCAUCUCUUCCAUUCGCACAGCGAGCUGACGCACUACACCUGUUGGUUCAUCGACUACCUCGGAAUGAGCAUUUACGGCUUCGGGGGCUCCCUCGCCCACUUCUACUUCUCGGCGCUUCCCUCUUUCGUCCGCUCCGUCAGCUGGUUCUUCAUGCCCAUGAUGGUUGUCCUGAGCUACGGUGUCUGCUUCUGUUGCAGCUAUGCGAAGUACCGCUACAAGCGUCCUUACCCCUUUGCACGCAAGCUGUGGCAGUUGGGCUCCGUUGGGGCGGGUUACGUGCUCAUCAUAGCGCCCAUCUACCACCGCCUUCUUGGCUGCUUCUUCUCAAAUCAACCCCUAGACAGCGCCCUCUUCUUUCAUUUCAUCCAGGUAAGCUUCAUCUACCCGAGUGUCUUCUUCUUUGCCAUGCCGUACCCUCAGAAGUUUCACCCCGGUAAGUACGACAUCCUGGGACAUAGUCAUCAAAUAUUUCACGUUGCUAUGGCCUUUGUCAUGUACUAUCAAAUGAAAGCUGCUCAUUUAGACUUCCUUCAUCGACGGGAUGAGUACUCGACCCUCACUGAUCCUUCAUUCUUAGAGGCUAUGUUUUAUAUUUCUAUCCUGGUCAUCGCUGAUGUUGCAACGUUGUUUGCGUUCAGGCAUAAAGUAUGGCAGAAGAUAAGCAAGAUUGGUACGGAUUAAUGAUGGUGAAUUCUUUUGUAAGAAAAUGGAAAAUGAAAAAAUAGUUCUUUCAGUACACUUUGAUAUUUUUCACAGGCUAAUAUAUAUGUUUGAUGUUGGAACGCAAAAAAAAGUUGUGAUGCAAGGGAGUUGGCAUGCAGAGUAGAUUUAUUAUGUUAUCUAGGCUAGGUUAGCUUGCUGUGCAAAAACCUUGAAUCAUGAAUAAAUUGAUAGGAGUUUAUUUAUUCUUAUCAAAAUACUCUUAACUGCAUGAUUUAAUACAAUCUUGCUAUUCUUUGUAAAAGAAUCUGAAAUUUGAUAUUACAAAAUCGGAUAAUUUAUGGAUAUCUUUUUCAAAUGACAGAGACAAGUACUUGUAAUACAACGAUUGGAAUGCAACCUGCAUUGUAAUUUACACAAGAUUGCCGAAAGUCAAUAAUGAGUGAUGAUAGUUGAAGCCUAAAAUUCUCUAAGGUCAUGACGCUAUCAUAUGUUCAGUUAUUAACUUUAAUAUGGCAUUUCACAUUUUACCAUAUUGUUUUAAAUCAGUACUCGUCUCUAUAAAAUCUAUUCCAGAAUACGUGGUAUGUAAUGAAUGGUGUACAUAAAGAAUGCAAAUGUGUUGCGUAUGUACAACUGUAUCUCUAUCGUCACUAUGUAUUGGAAUCGGAUGGUCCCUGACUCCCUGUACAAAGUAUAUGGGAAUCAUAGAAUCACGUACAA